AUGAGUAAAGAUCCAACCCCCAUUAGGAUAAUCAAAACUACCCGAGAUCAAGAGAGCAUCAAGGGUUUGAAGAAUAUCUGUGAAGAAGAUAUCGAUGGUGAACAACCAUUGAGUCCUACGUCCAGGUUGUUUCAUGAGCCCGGUGUUAAUGUGUAUAUCGUUGUUAUUAUCGGCAUGAAAACCUUUAUCAAUGUAGAAGUCUUCAAAUCGUAUGCGAAAGUUCUCAAAGAUAAGAAUUGCCGGUUUUCUAGUUUACAGGUUUUGAACAAAGAAAAUGGGAGCAUGACAUGGGUUCCAAUAAAUGUAGACAUAAAUAAUCAUGUUGUGGUGCCCGAGCUUGAUCCAAACCUGGACUCAUCCGACAUAUACGUUGAAGAUUACGUUUCAAACCUUAGUAGAUCUCAUAUCGAAAGCUCAAAGCCCUUAUGGGAUGUUCACAUCCUCAACACAAAGACAACAUACGCAAAUGGCAUAUGCAUCUUUCGCUUUCAUCACUCAAUUGGUGAUGGCAUUUCUCUAAUGAAUCUCUUGCUUGCUUUUAGUGGCAAAGCCUCAAAUCCUGAGGAGUUGCCCACACUUUAUGGGGAGAAAGCGUCUCCUCAUCGUAUCCAAAUUACUUGUUCUAGAUCCCUAUUAACGAUCCUCUGGAACUCCAUUGUCGCUCUUGUGAUGUUUAUGUUAACUGCAGUUUUUCUAAAAGACACAAAAACUCCGAUAAAAGGCAAUCCGGGAAUAGAGGGCACACCUCGACGUUUUGUCCAUCGAAUAGUCAGUUUUGAAGACAUAAAGUCGACGAAAAGAGCCAUGAAUGUGACGGUGAAUGAUGUAAUACUUGGAGUAGUACAAGCCGGCUUAUAUCGUUAUCUAAAAUGGAGAUAUGAAAAUGAUGACAUUGUUUCUGAGAGUAUUCGGCUUCGAGCAGCACUUUUCUUCAACUUGCGAGCGACUACAAGGGUUAAUCCUUUCGGUGAUGAUACAAGUAAGCAUGGGACAUGGGGGAACGAUAUUGGUUACGUUUUACUUCCAUUCAACAUUAGAUAUAGAAAAGACGUGUUAGAUUAUGUGCGAGAAGCAAGGGCUAGUAUGGAACGAAAGAAAGCUUCUUUAGAGCCGUUUUGCACAAGCUUCCUGGCUAAGUUAGUGAUCAAGUUGUUCGGUGUUAAGGUAUCUGGAAAACUGAAUUACAAUGUUCUCUCAAAUGUCACACUUGGCUAUUCUAGUCUUCCUGGACCACAAGAAGAAAUCAUUCUAUUUGGACAUGAAGUCGCCUAUAUUGCUCCCAGUUGCUACGGCCAACCAAUGGCCUUAGCGAUUCAUGCCGUGAGUUAUGUUGACAAAGUUACAUUUAUGAUAUCAGUUGAUGAAGAAAUCAUACCAGAUCCUCAAACGUUGUGUGAUGAUAUCCAGCAAUCCCUCCAUCUCAUUAAGUCUUCUCUAGCUUGAGAAG